AAGUCCACCAGUCAUCGCCGACAUUUUCGGAAAACCCGCCAAUAUCUGCGUCCGGAGACCAUGAAAAAAUCCCUCAUCUCCGCGAUCUAGGUUUUCAAGUUCGCCCUAGUCCGGUGUCCGGUCCCUCGUCUCCCACCUCAGCUUCGUGACGGUGCGAUUCUCCGAUCCUCAGCACGUGCGCGGACUCUAUCGGAUUUCUUUAAAACUAAGUAAUGCUGCGAUCCGGUUAACGGACUAGUUCGGGGUGCGGCCGUGCCUCGUCGAGUGUGAUUUUGUGAUUUCGGAUUUUCGGAAUUCCCGACGAAAGAUGCUGGACCAACGCAACGGCGAUGGAGGUUACUGCAAGGAGACCGCUAGUGCCGACUCUAAGGAUAAGAUCUUGAACUGCUUUCAAAAAUCCAUCGAAGCCCAAAACCAGGAUAUCAAAUUUGAACUAGAAGAUUUAAUUCCAAAGCCGAGUCCAUAUUAUAGUGAAAAAUAUUACGAGGCGUUUCAAACUUCCUUAGAGCAGCCAGAAAUAUUUUGGUCAGACGUAGCCAGGAAAGUUAGUUGGACAAAACCGUGGAAAAAAGUCAUCGACAAUUCAGAACAACCUUUCACAAAGUGGUUUGUAGGAGGAGAACUAAAUGCCUGCUACAACGCGGUUGAUAGGCAUGUUGAAGCCGGAAAUGGCAAGAAAGUCGCUUUCAUCCACGAUAGUCCAGUUACCAAGUCUAUACGUCGUGUUACUUAUGCAGAGUUGCAAGAACAGGUCUCUUUGUUGGCAGGUGCCCUGGCAGGACAAGGGGUGAAAAAAGGCGACCGCGUCCUCAUCUAUAUGCCACUAAUUCCUGAAGCUGUGAUGUCAAUGCUGGCCACCGUCAGGCUAGGAGCCGUCCACUCCGUCGUAUUCGGAGGAUUCGCCGCGCGGGAGCUGUGCGCGAGGAUAGACCACGCAGAGCCCAAAGUCAUCAUCGCCGCCAGCUGCGGAGUCGAACCACAUAAAAUUGUAAGGUACAAGCAUAUCCUAAAUGAGGCGCUAGAGAACUGUAGGAGUAAGCCGAAAUGUUGUAUUAUAUUCCAACGGCGGAACGUCGAGGAGGCCACUCUGGAGCCAGACAUCGACAUCCUGUGGGACGACGCUCUCCGGAACGCUACCCCCCACCCUUGCGUCCCUGUCGAAGCCAACGAACCCUUGUACAUACUAUACACCUCCGGCACCACAGACCAGCCAAAGGGGAUAAUCCGACCGACAGGUGGGCACAUCGCAACUUUAACGUGGUCCAUGUCCACGAUCUAUGGGAUGAGUGGAGACGACGUCUGGUGGACAGCCUCCGACAUGGGCUGGGUCGUCGGCCACUCCUACAUCUGUUACGGACCCCUGUGCGCCGGCCUCACCUCCGUCAUGUACGAGGGCAAACCCGACCGAACACCUGAUCCUGGACAAUAUUUUAGAGUUAUAAGUGAACACAAAGUAAAUGGUCUCCUGACAGCUCCAACGGCGCUGAGGGUAAUCAGGAGAGAGGACCCGGAUAUUCUGAUGGGCCGCAAGUACUCCACCAAGUCAUUACGACACCUCUUCGUUGCCGGGGAACACUGCGACCACGAGACCAAAAACUGGGCACAUAAAGUAUUCAACGUUCCGAUCCUAAAUCAUUGGUGGCAAACGGAGACUGGUCAUGCAAUCACAGCAUCGUGCAUAGGACUUGGUCACAGUAUAAACCCACCGAGGUAUUCAGCAGGAAUGCCUCUUCCAGGAUACAACGUAAAAAUUCUUCGAAACGAUGGGAGUGAAUGUGAAGCCCACGAGCUCGGCAGAAUUGCAAUUAAACUGCCUUUGCCACCAGGUGUUAUGUCAACCCUGUACAGAGCUCCAGAGCGCUUCAUCCAAGUGUACUUCUCCAAAUACCCGGGCUACUACGAUACCAUGGACGCAGGUUUCUGCGACGAGAAUGGGUACAUCUACGUGACAGCGCGGGAUGAUGACGUGAUCAACGUGGCAGGACAUCGACUGUCGACCUCGGCUCUCGAGGACGUGAUCCUCUCGCACCCGGACAUCGGCGAUGCAGCAGUUGUGGGUGUCCCCGAGCCAACCAAGGGCGAAAUUCCCCUGUGUCUCUACAUCAUUAAAAAUGGCUGCCAGAAGACGGAGUCUGAAAUCUCUGCGGAACUGGUGAAACUAGUUAGGGAACUGAUCGGGCCGAUCGCGGCUUUCCACCUUUCGGCGGCCGUGUCCGGGCUCCCGAGGACUCGCUCCGGAAAAACCUCCAGAAAAUCUAUCUCCGAUCUAGCUCGCAACAAACUAGUCAAGAUUCCCGGAACAAUUGAGGACCCAUCAGUCUACCGAGAAAUUAAGAAAGUAUUACAAAAAAUGGGCUACGCUGAGACAGCUCCUGACCCACACUGACACAAUUAGGUUACUUAUUCAUAAACCCCUUUACAGCUUUAUAUUUUUCUUCUUUCUUUCAAAUAGCUCAAACAUUUUUAGGGCACACAUCUCUAUGCUUUCUGUACCUAGAACCCUCUGGAUAAAGAGCAGGCAUACCUACCAUUCAAGGGAUCAAAACUUAUAAUUAUGUUCAAUUCGUUCUGUAACCUCCGUUAUGGAUGCUCAAUUAUUCUUACAAAGUACUAACGUGUCCUGAGGCUAAAAUUUAUUUUUUCGUCCUAAAAAUUAGUAUAAAAAUACAACUUUCGUCCUAAAAUACCUAUUAAUGGUUUCUUCAAUCUUGGAGGAGGUACCAUUCAAUUUGAGCUUUUCCAUUUUCUUAGGAUGUUGCCCUUUAAUGAAUAAGUCUCCCCUAUUUUGUACAGAUUAAAAACUGUGACUCUUUACUUGAUGGCAGGGUUUAUAGAAAAAUUCUAAGAAAAAAGAAGCAUGAGGGUGUUUUUCUCAUGAAAAUGGAGAUAUUAACACAAGGCUACGUUAGAGAGUCAAGGGUUGAUUGUGAUGAGAAGUCAACAGCUCACUCAUGAUUCUCUUGUUUUCCUUCUUUCUAACAACUGUAAACAAAAAACAACAACAAAUUUGCAAAUAAAUUUUCAUCAAAUUUUAUUGAGUAAUAUGAAUCUACUAGGUGGAAUUAGUUUCUAUCUACUAAAAAUAAGCGGUUUUCUCCUCUUUCCACUUUUUAUCCAAGUGCAUCCAAUUGCGUAUGCCUACAAAAACUUAUGGACGAGGAUAUGUUUCCAUCAGGACUUUAGAGAACAUUUUUUCAUUCAUAAAAGAUACUUUCAUUAGGUACUUUAGGAAGACUUUAAGUACUGAGGUUUUUCGUCAACUACCCAAAAGUUGAAAAUUGUACCUAUGUUACUUUACAAAAUUAAUUAAUAUCUGUUCUCAAAAAAGAUAGUAUCUGUAUGAAGAAUAUGUGGUGCCUCUGGUUAUUCCAUCUCUCUCUGAUGUAAGUACCUAUAUUUUUGUGGGAUAGUGCACUAGGUACUUAAUUAAAUUUCUGAAAGUCAAGGAAAGAAUAAUUUUGAACAAAUGCAUGAAUAGAUUGGGAAAUUUGACCAUUUUGACACUGUGAUUCAUGUUUCAUGAUAAGUUGUUUGCAAUAGAGUUCUACAGUUCUAACAGUUGAAUUACUGGUUAAGAUUUAUAAAAUUUAUUAAGUUAUUAAUGUCUAGUUGUAACUGUUUUUAACAUUCACAAUAAAACAUUUUUGUUAAUUUAUACUUGCAUAUAUAGGAGUUCAACUUGACAAAAAGUUGUCAUUGAACUAUUUAAAUGACUUUUCAUUGAUAUUUAUGAAUUGAAUUGUGAUUGAGUAAGAUUAAGUAGGCACAUGUAAGUAAAUAAACUUUAUGAUGUUUAAUA